AUGAGAUUCUCAAUCCCCCUUCUCCUUUCAGUUUCUUCUCUUGCCUUCGCUCUUCCAGUCGCAGAAUCGGAAGUCGAUGCAGCAGUAGAAGUUCAAGCAGAAGCCCAAGUAACAACCACCCAACAUCUCGCUACAACCGCACACUUCUUUGAACAAGCUGCUGCUGCCGUUGUAACUACAGAGAAUGGCUUGACUACUGAUGCUUGCAAACCCGUCAUUGUGAUCUUCGCAAGGGGUACUAAUGAAGAAGGAAAUGUCGGCCAGGACGUCGGACCCUACGUCUUCACCGACUUGAGAUCUGCACUUACAACUGCCAAAGUUACAGUGCAGGGUGUUGACUAUUCCGCCAGUGUAUUAGGUUACCUUGCCGGCGGCGACUCAGCCGGCUCCAGUACCAUGGCCACCCUCAUCAACUCCGCCUCCACCAAGUGUCCCUCCGCCAAACUCGUCCUAUCCGGCUAUUCUCAAGGCGCACAACUCGUGCACAAAGCAGCCAAAACACUCUCUGCAGCUGUAACAGCCAAGAUUGCCGCAGUAGUCGUGUUUGGCGACCCAGACUACGGCCAGGCUGUGGGAACAGUCCCAAGUAGUAAGGUGUUGAGUAUUUGCCAUGAUCAGGAUAUUAUCUGUACUGGAAGUGGAGGAUUUACUACACAUUUGACAUACUCAAAUGAUGCACCAACCGCAAGUGCAUUCAUUGUCAAGGCCGUUGGAUCCGUUUAG